GGGCCCUGCGGGGGGGCGGGGCUCGGGGCGGCACCGCCGCGGGGCCGGCGCGGGAGCGGCCGAGCACUCCCGGACUUCAGCGGCUGCCCCCCGGCAGCCCCAGCCCGCUUCAUCCCGGGCCCGAGUGCCCGAGGUCAGCCGGAGGGACGAGCUGCCACCGGGACGUCACGGCUCCAAAACCGGCAUCGACACCGGCAUCGGCAUGGAUUAAGGAAAAAAAUGAAGCAAACAGAGAACUUCAGGAAGAUGACUUUGGAUUACUCUUGAGGUGACAUUUCUUUUGACGUCCUCAUUCACAGUGUUCAGAGGUUAGAAGUCAGCUCUGCAAUGUGGUGGUUCCAGCAAGGACUCUCUUUCUUGCCUGCGUCUUUGGUUGUUUGGUCAGCUGCAUCUUUUGUGUUUUCAUACAUCACCGCUAUCGUCCUACACCACGUUGACCCUUUGGUGCCCUACAUCAGUGAUACAGGGACAAUACCUCCAGAAAGAUGCUUGUUUGGGAUCAUGUUAAAUAUUUCAGCUUUCUUGGGUGUGGCUACCAUGUAUGUCCGUUAUAAGCAAGUUUGUGCUUUGAAUCCAGAAAAAUCCAAGAUCAUCAAGCUUAAUAAGAUCGGCCUGACUCUAGGACUGAUAAGCUGUUUUGGACUUUGUAUUAUUGCAAAUUUCCAGAAAUCUGUUCUGUACUACGUACACGUGGUUGGAGCCUGCCUGACGUUCGGAGUUGGAGCCAUUUACAUGCUGGUUCAGACCGUCCUAUCCUACCUGAUGCAGCCAGAAAUUCACAGCAAAGACGUCUUUUGGAUCCGUCUGACCGUGUUACUCUGGUGCAGCUCAAGCAUUGCAAGCAUGUUUGUUUCCUCACUUGUCUUGUAUAGUGGCCUGUAUGGCACAAAUCUAGUGCAAAAGUUGCACUGGGACCCAGAGGAAAAAGGCUACACAGCUCACAUCAUCAGUACCGUCUCAGAGUGGUCACUAGCAUUCUCCUUCCUCAGCUUUUUCCUCACCUAUAUUCGUGACUUUCAGAAAAUUUCCCUGCGUGCAGUUGUUAGCUUGCAUGGACGAACCCUCUAUAACACACCACAGAGCUUUGUGGCUGAUGAACAGACACUGCUGACAGCAGGGAGCAUCUAAUGAAGGUGAAGAGAACAUGUUCUCAGCAUAACUCAGGAAUUUAAUAGCAAUAACAGUUCGCACUUAUUUUAUAUUAAAAAAAAAAAAAAUGAAGUGAUUGUAUUCUACUUGACAUGAAGGGCUUUGCUAUUAACCCACACAGCAAUGCAAAUGUUAUCAGUAUUGUAAACGAGCCUGUAACAUUUCUACACAUGCCAAUGUCAUGAAAGAAUUAAAUGAAGGUUAUUAAAAGA